AUGUCGCAACUGCUUUCUUCGCUAACCGACCGAGUGAAACAGUUGGAGGCAAGAGAUGAGAAGAAUUUAUUAGAAAUAGAAAGAUUGACGACGGACCUCGAAUCGGCAAAAAGAGAUAUUUCAAGACUAAAGACUAUCACUGUUGACAUUUCAGUAGCAUACUCAAAAAGAUUGAGAUCAAAAGACUCAACAAAACCUGGGCCAUUAUUGGUUGAUUUGUCUGAUGCUGCUAUCAGGAAUCCCGUCCUCUUGGCAGCUAAAAAAUUUAGAGAAUUUGACAAAUUCAAAUCUGUUUACAUUAGUCCAGAUUUGACAGAAGCUGAAAGACAACUGGAUUAUAAAUUUAGACAGGAACGAAACAGACUGAAUGCAGAACUCGGUGCAAACUCGCCCUUUCGAUAUGGCAUCCGUGGAAAUUAG